GGAGGCAGCUUGCGCUCGCUUCGUGUCGUUGCUAAUCAGGCGUUUCGCCUAGUUGCCGGCAAACGUGCUACGACCGCGACUAUUACUGCACUCACAAAAAUGACGAUAUUCGCACCAAACUGAAGUUGCGUGACUGGACUAUACGCCCGGGGACAUAAUUAACAAACUUUAUUUUUAUAUUUUUUAAAAUUGUAAAAUCAAAAUGGUUAGUGGCAAUAAAGAUCCGUGCGAUCUCAAAAAAGUGCCACCAAAGAAUCGUGAGAAGAAAACGAACAAUUACAAGAGAGCCAAUUGGUUUUCAAAAACAUGGUUCAUCUGGAUGAUGCCCACCUUCUGGAGAGGUUACAAGCGGGACCUGUACGACUCGGACCUCACCAAACCCAAAGACAGCCACCUCUCCGACAAGCUUGGCGAUCGACUCGAAAAAAAAUGGCUGGAAGAAAUUGCACUGGCGAGCAAGCAGGGCCGUAAACCAUCUUUACUUCGUGCAAUGACCAAGGCUUUCUGGAUGAGUUACGCUCCUUCCGGCAUUAUGUUCCUCAUACAAGCACUCGUACUCAAGCCUUUCCAACCGGUGGCGUUGAGCUUGAUGCUAACGUACUGGGAGCCAGGCUCGACCAUGUCGUAUGAACAAGCCGUGUACUGCGCGACUGCGGUCAUCAUGAUGUCGCUGGUCAUCGCCUUCCUCAACCACCACGGCACCUACUCCACGCAACAAUUUGGCAUGAAAGUCCGCAUCGCCGCCUGCUCACUUAUUUAUAGAAAGGUAAUGCGCAUGAGUUCCGGCGCGCUCGCGCAGACCACAGCGGGGCAAGUCGUCAAUCUAUUGUCGAACGACGUGAACCGUUUCGACUACGCCUUCAUCUACACACAUUUCAUCUGGCUCCUUCCUCUACAAGUCAUCGUGGUCUGCUACCUCAUAUACCUGAAGAUAGGCUAUGCUGCCAUCGUAGGCGUCAUUGGCAUUGUGUUGCAGACGAUACCCGUUCAGUCUUACAUGAGUAAAUUGGCUGCAAGGUUACGAAUGAGGACCGCGUGCAAAACAGACGAGCGCGUGCGAAUUAUGGACGAAAUUAUUAAUGGCAUGCAGGUAAUAAAAAUGUAUGCCUGGGAAAAGCCAUUUGAACAGGUAGUCGCCCUGGCUCGGAAAAAUGAAAUCAAAUGCAUUACGUCAGCGUCGUACCUUCGAGGAGUAUACCUGAGCUUCAUGGUGUUCACGGAGAGACUCACCCUGUACAUAACACUGCUAUCCUACUCUCUAUUCGGCUACCAAGUUACCGCGGACAUUGUGUUUCCAUUGGCGCAAUUCUUCAACACCCUACAAGGAACCCUUUCGAUAAUAAUGUCGAAUGCCGUGUCAUUUUUGGCAGAGGCGCUGAUUUCAGUGCAACGCCUCGAGGCAUUCAUGUUAUUCGAUGAGCGAGAGGAUCUCCGCAGUGUGCCGGACGUAGACAUCGCUAAAUUGGUGCAAAUGGUGGACAAUAAGAAGAAAAAGAUCAAUUUGAGCGAAGUUGACCUUCGUCCUAACACGUUUAAGAAGAUCGACGAGGAAGGAAUUUACAACCCCGGAUUCGAGUGCAACGAAAAAGGUCUGAUGACUUCAACUCUAUGCCCAAUGCCCGUGAACCCAGACGUGGGAAUCUUGAUCCAAAACGUGAGCGCCAGCUGGACUGACGACGGACCUAUUACGUUGAACCAGCUUAACCUUAUGGUGCCCAAAGGAAAGUUGUGUGCCAUCAUAGGCUCUGUUGGAUCUGGAAAGAGUUCCGUUCUUCAAUUGCUGCUGAGUGAACUUCGGUCAAGCAAUGGCCGGAUCUACUUGUCUGGUCCGCUGUCGUACGCGAGCCAGGAGCCAUGGCUCUUCGUAGCAACCGUCAGACAGAACAUACUGUUUGGCCUCCCCUACAACUCUAAAAAGUACAAAGAAGUGGUAAGAGUUUGUGCUCUCCAGAAAGACUUCCAGCAGUUUCCUCACGGUGACCAGACGCUGGUCGGUGAGCGAGGAGCCUCCCUGUCGGGCGGACAGCGAGCCCGCAUCAACCUCGCCAGAGCAGUGUAUAGACAAGCUGAGAUAUAUCUACUGGACGACCCGCUGUCAGCGGUGGACGCGCACGUGGGCCGGCAGCUGUUCGACGAGUGCAUCAGCGGCUACCUGCGCCACACCACGCGCGUGCUCGUCACGCACCAACUGCACUACCUCAAGGCUGCCGACUACAUCGUCAUCAUGAAUAAUGGUUCUGUGGAAGCUAAAGGGUCAUACGACGAAUUGGUGAGCACAGGGAAAGACUUCGCGAAGUUACUUUCAUCAAGCCACGAUGAAAACGAAGACAAGAAAGAUGUGGAGAAACCACCCCCAAUGUCCAGACGAACGUCUGCUAGAUUAUCAACAACUCGCCGUCCGUCACUAUGCGAGUCAACAGGCGGGUGUGAAGUAGCCCAGGAGAUGGAGGAAGAGGAACGCGAGUCAGGGUCUAUGGGCUGGCGCGUGUAUGGCGCGUACCUCCGAGCCGGAGGCAAGGCGCCACCGCUGUUGUUCAUGAUCCUUCUGCUCGUGAUCGGACAACUGUCGGCCACGCUCUGCGACUAUUGGGUCACCUUCUGGACAAACGAAGUAACGACGUUAAAAGAGAAAGCUAAUAACAGAACAAUAAAAGACUACCACGUAGACCGAUCGCCACCUCUCGACAAUGGGACAUUCAAUUUAUCCAGCUACUUCUCUGGAGUUAAUUUGCAGCCAGACUUGGACAUCCACGCUUUCAUAGGCCCUCUGGACACAUCUCAAUAUUUAUACGUCUACUCGGCGCUAAUCGUGUGCUGUAUCUUCUUCAUCACGGCGCGUGCAUUCAUGUUCUUCAAGGUUUGCAUGACAGCGUCCCGCAACCUCCAUAACGACAUGUUCCAUUCCAUGCUCCGGGGCGUUAUGAGGUUCUUUGACACUAACUCCUCUGGCCGUAUUCUUAACAGAUUCUCUAAGGACAUUGGAGCCCUCGAUGAAUUGUUGCCUCGUUUCCUACUCGAGUGUAUACAGAUCUACCUAGUGAUGUUCAGUAUCCUAGCACUAAACGCUGCUGCUCUCAUCUGGACGCUGCUGCCUACCACUAUCAUCCUAUUAUUGUUCUACACUAUACUCCAAAUCUACCUUAAGUCUGCACAGGGUAUCAAAAGACUGGAAGGCACGACUCGAAGUCCUGUCUUUUCCCAUAUGUCGGCCACUCUCAACGGCAUCAGCACUAUCCGGUCAGCUGGCGCGGAACAAAGAUUGAUUCAAGAAUUUGAUAGAUUCCAGGAUAUCCACACGUCCACGUGGAGCAGCUACCUGGCGAGCGGCGUGACGCUCGGCUUCUGGUUGGACUUCAUCUGCGUCAUAUACCUAACAAUCGUCAUUGUCGCCUUCCUUGUUAUUGAUAGCAAAACGAUAUUCUCCGGGAACGUGGGCCUGGCGAUAUCACAGACGUUGAUCCUGACGGGCAUGCUGCAGUUUGGUGUCCGUCAGACGGCAGAGGUCAUCUCGCAAAUGACUAGCGUUGAGCGCAUACUGCAGUACACACACAUCGAACGGGAGCCCAAGUGGGACAAAGGAGAAAAAGAAACGCCUGCUGGAUGGCCGUCACGCGGUCGAAUUCAGUUCAAAAAUUGCUACAUGAAGUAUACUCCCGAAGACUUGCCAGUGCUUAAGAAUCUCAAUUUAGUUAUAGAAAGUGGAUGGAAGGUUGGUAUCGUGGGCCGGACGGGGGCCGGCAAGUCAUCACUGAUCUCCUCGCUGUUCCGCCUCGCCAUCGUGGAGGGAGAAGUUCUCAUUGAUGACGUUGACACGUCUUACUUAGCUUUACAAGAGCUGCGAUCGAAAAUAUCCAUCAUACCUCAGGAGCCAGUGCUGUUCUCAGCGACCGUUCGGUACAACUUGGACCCGUUCAAUAACUACGAUGAUGAACAACUGUGGCAGGCGUUGGAAGCUGUGGAUCUCAAAGCCGCAGUGCCGGCGCUGGACUUCAAGGUGUCAGAAGGAGGGUCGAAUUUCUCACUGGGACAGCGACAGCUCGUAUGCCUUGCGCGCGCCAUCCUCCGCGCCAAUCGCAUCCUCGUACUGGACGAGGCUACUGCCAACGUAGACCCUAAGACGGAUGAAUUUAUCCAAAGAACAAUAAGAACGCGCUUCGCGGACUGCACCGUGCUGACGGUGGCUCAUCGACUGAACACCAUCAUGGACUCGGACCGAGUCAUGGUGAUGGAUUCGGGACGGCUGGUAGAGUUUGACCACCCCUACCUCCUCCUUAGCAACCCCGAGGGACACUUCACCAAGAUGGUCAAAGAAACCAGUGAAAAAAUGUCCGCGCAGCUAUUCCAGAUAGCAAAGAACACAUACCUUAGUAGUGGUGGAGUAAUAUAACAGUGUCAUUCUCUAUAUAGUUUCGUAAGAAAUUUGUUAUAAGUACUCUAAACGGCCAUCGCAUUGGAAUACUUGUUUUGGGAUCAGGUAGUGUCUUUACUUGCCUACUGAACUCAUAAUAACCCAGUAAAGGACACGGUCACAAAACCCAUAAUAUUCAUUUAGGUAGGUCCCUACUCCUACUUACCUACAGUUGUCCUAAACGUUUGUAGGAAUUACAGAACUAAGCAAUUUAAUAGGUUUUUAAAUUCUUCUAAUCCGAGCUUAAUAUAAAUAUUUAAACUCUUGAUAAUUUAAGAUUUCUUCAUCUAAAGUUACAAAAUAAUUAUUCCAAUGUAGAUAAAAGAAUUUAUAGUGUGAGUAAAUAGUGUUAAGUACAGUGCAGGAAAAAAAACUGUGUUAUUUAUUUUACUAUGAAAUUGUAUCAUAUCAGUAACGACGUGUAAGUUAAAAAAAUGACCAUUACAAAUGCCAUAGAGGUUACCUACCCUCGAAAAAUAAAACAUAAGCAUUUAUAAAA